GGUGAGUCACUUGAUGAAUUUUUACAAGAACUUCAAAGACUUAGUAAAGACUGCCUUCAAAGCAGUUACAGCUGAUCAAUAUCGACAGGAAGUUAUUUGAGACUCCUUUAUCAAUGGUUUGGCAUCGCCUUUAAUACGACAGAGACUAUUAAGGCACAAAACCUUGGAUUUACAGUCAGCUUAUAAUCAAGCUUACUCUUUAGACUUGGCUCUGAAAAAUUCAGAUGCUUAUGGUUCAUCUAAUGUGUAUCUGCUGCAACUACUACAAAAUAAUUUCACCCAAGUACUAAUAUGGAGCAAACAAACAAUUUCUACUGAUAAAGGUGCCCUUGCUGCAGCAUAUAAUGAUUCAAAAAGGAACUGUUACUUUUGCGGGGGUAAUAUUCAUAAGAGAGAGAUAUGUCCUACUCGAGAGGCAACUUGUAAUAGUUGUGGCAAGAAGGGACAUUAUUCUAGAGUACGCAAGUCCAAAGCAACUACUAAAAUUGUGACUGCUGCCAUGUAUACGCCUUCUUUAUGUGCAAUUACAGCUGCAUUUCCUCAGAGCUUGUCUCAUGCAGCCACAACGGUAUCCAUUAAUGGCCAUACACUUAAUGUACUACUUGAUUCUGGCAAUUCAGAAAGUUUUAUGUGAACAAGUUGUGUCUCGACUAAAUCUAACUAUAAUUCCUUCAAAUAGAGAAAUCUCGAUGGCUCGGACAACUCUCAAUACUCAAAUUAUAGGAUCUUGUAUUGUAGACUUUAUUCUGAACAAAACUAGCUAUAAAUCUGUAUGUCUUGGUAUUUUGAAAAAUUUGUGUAGCGAUAUAAUGCAAGGUCAGGAUUUCCAGAAACAGCACAGAUCAUUUCAAAUAAUGUAUGAAGGAACUAUGCCUGAUCUUGUAUUGUCAAAGCCACCAGUAUUGUGUGGUUUUUCUGCUGCAUCUGUUGAAUGUCCUUCAUUAUUCACUAAUUUAUCCUCCAAGUGCAAGCCAAUUGCUAUCAAAUCAAGACAUUUUAGUAAAGAUGAUAGGAACUUUAUCAACACAGAAGUAGCUAAUCUUUUACAAGAAGGGAUUAUGGAACCCAGUUCUUCCCCUUGAAGGGCACAAGUUGUCGUGGUUAAGGACCCCUUGGAGAGACAUAGAAAGAGACUCUGCAUUGAUUACUGUCAAACUAUAAACCAGGUCACGGAGCUUGAUGCAUAUCCAUUACCUCGAAUAGAAGAGAUUAUCAAUACAUUAGCUAAGUAUAAGAUAUUCUCUACUUUUGACUUAAAAAGUGCUUGCUACCAAAUUCCUUUGAAAGAAUCAGAGAAGAAAUACACUGCUUUUGAGGCAAAUGGGAAAUUAUAUCACUACUGCAGAGUUCCUCUUGGUGUAACUGAUGGUGUGGCUAUUUUUCAGAGAGAGAUGGACAAACUUGUUGAACAGGAAAACCUUAAAGAUACUUUCCCUUAUCUUGAUAAUAUAACUAUUGCAGGAAAAGACCAAGCUGAACAUGAUGAAAAUGUACAACGGUUUUAGAAUGUUGUACAUUCUGAAAAGCUAACAUUAAAUGAGGCUGUCAAUAGCAUCAGUGUCAUCAAUUAAUAUUCUUGGUUAUUGAGUUGUAAAUGAUAUAAUCAAGCCUGAUCCAGAAAGACUCCGCCCACUCCAAGAGAUACCUGUUCCAGCUACAUUAAACUCUCUACGAAGGGUUCUUGGGAUGUUUGCAUAUUAUGCUAAAUGGAUACCAAAUUUUUCUGACUUUACUUCUUUAAAGAAACAAAUGGAUUCUGCGACAUUACACGCCAUCGAUGAGGAUCUCCCCUUUGUUGUUGAAUGUGAAGCCUCUGAUUUAGCAGUAUCAGCAACAUUAAAUCAAGGAGGACGACCAGUGGCUUUCAUGUCUCGUACUCUCCAAGGUAGUGAAUUGCACUACCCACCCGUCGAAAAGGAAGCUACAGCAAUUAUGGAAGCAGUGAGGAAAUGGAGUCAUUUCCUUGCUCGCCAGCACUUCACUUUGAACAGAUCAGCGUUCAGUAGCUUUUAGCUGGAUAAUCGGAAACGAACGAAGAUUAAAAACAGUAAAAUUCAUGAAUGGAGGAUUGAAUUAUCUCAUAUAGUUAUUCAAUUGAGUAACGCCCUGGUAAGGAUAAUGUCGCUCCGGAUACAAUAACUCGAGCAUUUUGUGCCUCUGUUCAUUCUUCUGCACUCACUGAUCUUCACAAUGGGCUGUCUCAUCCUGGAGUCACUCGUUUGUUACACUAUGUUCGUUCCAAAAACGUACAUUUCUCUACAGAAGAUGUGAAGAUGACGUGUGCUUCAUGUAGAAUCUGUGCUGAAUUAAAACCAAAUUCUUCCGUCCUGAAGAAGGAAGAUUGAUCAAAGCUACUCAACCUAUGGAACGUUUGAGUAUUGACUUCAAAGGGCCUUUAUCAUCCUCCUCUCAAAAUGUUUAUACACUUACAUUAGUUGACGAAUAUUCGAGGUUUCCAUUUGCCUUUCCUUGUCCAAAUUUGUCAGCUGCUAUGGUUAUCAAAUGUUUAGAUCAACUGUUUUCAAUCUGUGGAUUUCCAAGUUACAUACGUUCUGAUAGGGCCACCUCAUUCAUGUCAAAAUAUUUAAAGGACUACCUUUCUAAGAGAGGAAUUGCAACAAGUAAAACAACACCAUAUCAUCCUAUUGGAAAUGGUCAGGUAGAGAGGUAUAACAGAAUCAUUUGGAAAGCAGCGAAAGUGGCUUUAAAGUCAAAUGAUAUACCAGAUCAGCAUUGGGAAUAUGUUCUACCAGAUGCAUUACACUCCAUCAGAUCUCUACCGUCAACUGCUACCAAUACUACUCCGCCCAAGCGGUUCUUUAACUUCAAAUGGCGUUCUUCUAGUGGUACUUCUCUGCCAUCAUGGUUGACUAGCCCUGGGCCUGUGUUGCUUCACCGUUAUGUCCGAUUAAAUAAGAAUGAACAUUUUGUUGAUGAAGUUGAACUGACUGAUGUCAACCCUUCUUAUGCAACUAUUAAGUAUCGGGAUGGACGUCAGUCAACUGUCUCACUUCAUGACCUUGCACCAUGUCCGUCUUCUCCAUCAGCUCCGUCACUUCUUUAUAACACUAAUCGAGAACUUCCUCCAUCAGCUCCGUCACUUCUUGAUAACACUAAUCGAGAACUUCCUCCAACACUUCCAACUAUGGAAACGUCUAUAAGAAAUUCUAAAAUUGUAAAUCUAAAUAACAAUAUGAGUGAAGUUGAUGACCAAGCAAUAUAUCUACCCCCAGCUAUUGAAACACCAUUAUCUCCUGAAGCUCCAGUGCUGCGACGGUCAUCAAGACGUAUUAAACCUCCUGACCGUCUCAACUUAUAAAUAGGAGGGGAGAAUGAAGUGGGCGCAUGUGCGGAGCUCUUCUAGAGUGUGCGCAUGCGCAGGACUUUUUCGGAGUGUGCGCAUGUACGAAGUAUUUCGGGCGGGAAAUGCCUGCGGAAUCAGCCAUGUUUGCCAGACGUUUCUGAGUUUAUGUAUUAAAGAAAUAAGUUGCUUAAAGCUUAAAUAAAGUUAAGUAAAUUA